AUGCAAGAUAGCUGUUGUCGGGUAAGCAAGUCACUUACAACACCCUCUAUCCUCUACCCUUUAUCCUCUAUCCUCUACCCUUUAUCCUCUAUCCUCUAUCCUCUAUCCUCUAUCCUCUAUCCUCCAUAUCCCAUUACCUACCAAACACCCACGCCUACCCAACCUCUCCACGACCCUUAUGUCCAACUACCUAACUAUACUCUCAUUGAUUCCAGCGCCGGCAUCAUCGGUCUGACCACAGCCCUGACACUCCAAGAACAAAGCCCCAACAGCAGCAGCAUCACCAUCAUCGCCGCCCACUUCCCAGGCGAUGAAUCCAUCAACUACACAUCGCCCUGGGCCGGCGCGCACGGCCGAGUCUCGCCAGCGCUGACGGCCCAUGACCGCCAACUGGCGCAAUACAUGCAGACGACGUACGACGUCCUGCAAGCCCAAUCGGCCGGCCACCCGGAAACCGGGGUCCUGUUCAUGGACGGCUACGAGUACCUCGCCCACCCGUCUGAGUCGUACACGCAACUGCGCGACGGGAUCGGCAGCGCGCCCGGGUUCCGCGUGCUCACGGCGUCCAAGCUGCCACCCGGCAUCAAAUGGGGCUGCACGUAUCGCACGUGGAGCCUGAAUCCACCGGUCUACUGCGCCUUCCUGCUGCGCCGAUUCAUCCUGCGAGGCGGCAAGACGCGGCGCGUGCGACUGCAGAGCCUGGCGGAAGUGGUGCCCAAUAUAGCGCCUCAGGCAGAUCUCGUGGUGAAUUGUUCUGGUGUUGGGUUUGGAGAUAAGGAUGUUUUUCCAAUCAAAGGCCAAACAUGUCUAGUCUCCAAUCCAUGCGACAGGACCAUCACGCAACAAAACGUCGACGGAACAUGGACGUUCAUCAUCCCGCGCCCGCUGGAAGGCGGCACAGUCAUCGGCGGAACGAAAGUCCCCCAUGAUUGGUCUAUCACCGCCUCCAUGGAAACCAGGCGCGAGCUAUUGUCCAAAGCCGCAGCGAUGUAUCCUGCGAUCCUCGAGGACAGCAAAGACGGCAAAUCAAGCAAAGCUAAACCCAAAGGCGAGUUCCAUGUCAUCCGUGAUAUCGUGGGACGCAGACCGGCGCGCAUCGGCGGCUUCAGGUUGAGUGUCGAGGAGUUGCAGAGUGGUUCUGCUUCCAGUUCCAGUUCGAGUUCCAGCUCGGGUUCGCGCCCUGUGAAGCUCAUCCACGCUUACGGUGCGGGCGGGUCGGGGUAUGAACUGUCAUGGGGCGUGGCGAGGGAGGUUGCGAAGCUGGCUUUCGGGGAGCGAGGGCUUAGUAGGCCGCACCACCAGCAGCAGCUCAAGGCCGCGCUGUAG